AUACAGGUUGUAGUUCGAAGGUCUAAUUUUUUUUUUUCUUUUCUUCUUCUUCCUUUUGAAACUGCUUACUGUGUUGGUUCCCCUCACAUCUGACAUCGUCGCCAAGAAAUCAAACGAAAUCAUCAUUCUCUGCCUGCAAUUCGGUUUCAUCCAUCCCCCUUUCUAAGUGCUUUUCACAAACUCUGAUCGAAAUUUAAAGGUGAAAAGAAAAUCAGAGAGAGCAGAAGAUGAGCGUGAUCGACAUUUUGACAAGAGUAGACUCGAUCUGCAAGAAGUACGACAAAUACGACGUUGAAAGGCAGAAGGAUCUCAAUUUCUCCGGCGACGAUGCCUUCGCUCGCCUCUACGCUGUCGUUGAUGCCGACAUCGAGGCUGCUAUUCAGAAAGCGGAGUCUGCUUCGAAGGAGAAGAAUAAGGCAUCGGCGGUUGCGAUGAAUGCGGAGAUUCGUCGAACCAAGGCGAGAUUGCUAGAGGAGGUCCCCAAGUUGCAGAGAUUGGCUAUAAAAAAGGUGAAAGGGCUUUCGGGCGAAGAGCUUGCUGCCCGGAACGAUUUGGUGCUUGCAUUGCCGGAUAGGAUUCAAGCUAUACCUGAUGGGACUGCGCCUGCACCCAAACAAACUGGAGGUUGGACCACCUCGGCUUCUCGUGCUGAGAUCAAAUUUGAUUCAGAUGGGCGGUUUGAUGAUGAAUAUUUUCAACAAACUGAGGAGUCGAGUCAAUUCAGGCAGGAGUAUGAAAUGCGCAGAAUGAAGCAGGAUCAAGGAUUGGAUGUGAUAGCAGAAGGUUUGGAUACACUGAAAAACAUGGCUCAUGAUAUGAAUGAGGAAAUAGAUAGGCAAGUUCCUUUGAUGGAUGAGAUUGACACUAAGGUCGACAAGGCAGCAGCUGACCUUAAGAAUACUAAUGUUAGACUUAAACACACAGUGAAUCAGCUGAGGUCUAGUCGAAAUUUCUGUAUUGAUAUUAUUUUGUUGUGUAUAAUUCUUGGAAUUGCUGCCUAUCUAUACAAUGUCCUGAAGAAGUGAGAUGAACUUAAGGGCCAUUUGACCUAUCCGCUUGUUGUGGUUUUUCUGGUAUUCUCUUGCAUAUGAAGGGAGUUGAUCUUGUGCUUCAUUUAUUAUUUUGAUUGUUUGUUACGAAUCCUUGCUUUCUCUCAUGUAUUAUGAAUCCUUGGCUUCUCUUAUGUUUUGUGAACCUUUGCUCACACUUUGGAGUAUAUGUGUCUUUGAUAAACAACUAUGAUUACAUUGAUCA